AUGACUGAAACAGAUUUUCAAUCAAUUGGUUGUCAAACGAGCGAUGAAUUCAUUAAUGAAGAGUUGAUUCAAAGAGAAGACAAUACAAGACAUGAAACACAAGACAAUAGAGAGAAGACAAGCGCUGAAGAAGUGGUUGACUCUGAAGACAAUGAAUCAAAUGAUGGCAUCGUUUGUCAUAUGAAUGAUGAAACAGACGUUGGAAGUGAUGCCGAAGACAACGAAAACAAUUGUCAAAUGACUGAAAACUUGAAUCGCGAAUCAAUUGAGAGUCAAAUAGUCGAUGAUUUGACCACAAAAGCAGAUAACAAGAGCACAACUGUGACAGGCGUUGGAAGUGAUGCCGAAGACAAUGAGGACAACAAUCAUAUGAAUGAAGACUUGAAUAAUAAAACUAAUGAAUUGAAUGUCAACUCAAGUGAUAAUCAAAGAGGAAGUGAAUUAAACACAACAUAUAAUACACGGAAACGAAAGUACACUUCAAUGGAAGGCAAUGACAGCGAAUAUAGACCUGAUUUGAGUGACAAUUCGGGCGACGAAGACAUGUCUGGGAAACCACUGCCAAAGGGACCAAAGUUUGUGUGUGACUAUAAAAACUGCGACCGAACUUUCCCGGGAAAGUAUCACUUAAAUAAACACUUGUUCUCACCUGUUCUUCGACACGUGAAGACACACCCGAAGCCAUACGCGUGCGAUGAGUGCGGCGCCAGCUUUCAGAUUCCGGGGAAAUUGACUCAACAUAAACACAAAAAACAUACGACUCAUAUAUAUCGGUGCGAUUGGCUGGAGUGUGGACGCAGUUAUGCAUAUGAAUACCAAUUAAAGGAUCACAUGAACACACAUACGGCUGCGGUUAACCACCCGUGCGAAUGGCCCGGUUGUGAGCAAACCUAUACUAAUAUACGCUCUUUAAAAAUGCACGUCAAGAGAAUGCAUAAAGGGAUGGCUGAGUAUCGGUGCCAUUGGCCAGAGUGUGACUAUAAGACCACAAAUCGCAUCCGACUUAACAAUCAUAUCCAUAGACAACACGAGGGUUUGGAUGACUACCAGUGCUCUCAUACGGGNCAUAUCCAUAGACAACACGAGGGUUUGGAUGACUACCAGUGCUCUCAUACGGGAUGUGAUUAUAAGACAUCAAAAUGUGGUCAAAUGGACGCACAUAUGAAGACUCACACAAAAUCAUGA